CCCGGACACAGACAGUCGCCUAGAGAAGGAGGCCCCGGCCUUGCCUCUCUCCCUGUCCCCGCCCCUCUCAAGUGAGGCGCGCCGGGGCUGGGCGCAGCGGAGACGGUCAGUGAAUGGUCUGUUACUCUCUACAAAAUGUCUUCUGCAUGUUUUUUGUUCAGCAAAGCCUCAACUGCCUUGGCAUUAGGAUACAGCUACUGAAGACAGUUUAUCCUGUAAGAUUCUUCAGAUUUUCGACCUCUGCAACAAUGGCCUUCAAGCACAAAAACGCAAAACGAAUCGAAGGGCUUGAUGUCAAUGUAUGGGUUGAAUUUACUAACGUGGCUGCAGACCCCUCAAUUGUUAAUCUUGGUCAAGGCCUUCCAGAUAUAUCCCCUCCUAGCUAUGUUAAAGAAGAGCUAGCCAAGGCAGCGACAGUUGAUAGACUGAACCAGUACACACGUGGCUUUGGCCAUCCAUUGCUGGUGAAAGCCUUGUCCCAGGUAUAUGAGAAGGUUUGUGGAAGGAAGAUUGACCCUUACACAGACAUCUUGGUGACAGUGGGAGGAUAUGGAUCUCUGUUUAGUGCAAUACAGGGGUUAAUUGAAGAGGGAGAUGAAGUGAUAAUAAUAGAGCCAUUUUUUGACUGUUAUGAGCCCAUGGUGAAGAUGGCAGGAGGAAAACUUGUUUUAAUCCCAUUGAGAUAUAAAACUGUUGUUGGGAACUUUGCAUCUAGUGCUGAUUGGGUCUUAGAUCCCACUGAACUUGCAAGUAAAUUUAAUUCCAGAACAAAAGCUAUCAUACUGAAUACUCCUCACAACCCUAUAGGCAAGGUAUUUACCAAAGAAGAACUCCAGGUAAUAGCUGAUCUCUGUAUUAAACAUGACACCCUGUGCUUCAGUGAUGAGGUAUAUGAAUGGCUGGUGUACAAAGGAAAUAAACACAUUAAAAUAGCUACACUGCCAGGCAUGUGGGAGAGAACAAUAACUAUAGGAAGUGCUGGAAAGACAUAUAGUGUCACUGGCUGGAAGCUUGGAUGGUCCAUUGGUCCACAGCAUUUGAUAAAACAUUUGCAAGUUGUUCAGCAGAAUACGCUGUAUACAUGCCCAACUCCAUUACAGGAGGCAUUGGCACAAGCACUUUGGAUUGACUUUAAACGCAUGGAUGACCCAGACUGCUACUUUUACUCGCUGUCUCAAGAGUUGGUAGGCAAGCGUAAUCGGAUGGCUCAGCUACUCCAAGAAGUUGGAUUGAAACCUGUCAUUCCAGAUGGAGGAUACUUCAUGAUUGUUGAUGUUUCUGCACUCAAUGUGGAUCUGUCUGAUAUGGAAGCGAAUCAACAUUAUGAUUAUAAAUUUGUGAAAUGGAUGAUAAAAUCUAAGAAACUGUCAGCAAUUCCUCUUACAGCAUUCUGUGGCCCAGAGACCAAAAAGCAGUUUGAGAAAUAUAUACGUUUUUGCUUCAUCAAACAAGACAGCACACUGGAUGCAGCUGAGGUGAUCCUGAAGAACUGGAAUAAACUUACAUCUUGAUUUUUA